AUGCUCUCCAGACGCACCAGUUCCUCUACUUCAAAGGCCCGAAAUGACUUCUGGAGCAAAAACCCCUCAGUUAAAAUCAUCAUUUUGCAAUGGGUUGACAUUUGCGGCGUUCUAAGAGCAAGACUAGUCCCCGUCUCCACCUUCAAGAAGAUCGUCGAGGCAAAUGGCUAUCUCAACUGCGCGCCCCUCGAUACAUGUGUCACCACAACUGCAGAGUUUAUUCCCAAAUUAAUGCCUUUCUUCGUAGACUCUGGCAAGAUCUGGCCUGACGUCUCCUCCCUCAGAGUUGCGAACCAUGACGCCCGCGGAUACACCAAUGCUGCUGUCUGUUUCGGUCACAUCGAGUUUCAGGAUACAGAUGCCAGGCAUAUUUUGAAGACUCUAGUCGAAAAGACCAAAAUUCAGCAUGGACUGGAGUUUUUGGUCGGUAUGGAGUUGGAGUUUUGUCUUCUUCUGCCGAGGACACUGGAUCCAGCAGAGCCAGGCAGCGCAGGUGUCUCACAUACAUCGAAGCUACUUCGAUCCAAGAUCUGGCCUUUACUCAACGAAAUAAUCACAGCCUUGGACGGAGCGGGAAUUGAGGUUGAACAAGCUGUAAAAGAAUAUGGAACCUCGGCCUAUGAAGUCGCACUCUCGCCGCUCCCUCCCGUUGAGGCUAUCGAUGCAUACGUCUACGCCAUGGAGGUCAUCAAGAACAUCGCAUACAAGGCUGAUCUGGUGGCUACAUUCUACCCGACAUCAUUUGCUGAAGAAACAGGCCAAAAGAGCGGACAGCACAUUCAUAUCUCUGCAACGUCCACGAACAAAGACAAAAAUUGGGAUCCUGACACAGCAAUGGCCGGGCUGUUGAGUCAUAUCCCAGCCCUCACAGCAAUCGGACUGGCACAGAUCGACUCUUAUGAACGAGUGGGCAUCGGAAAGAUGUGUACUGGCGGGCUGGUUGGGUGGGGUGAUAACAAUCGAGACAUGCCAGUCAGAAGAGUCACCAAGAAUCACUGGGAAGUCCGGAUAAACGAUGCAACCUCGAACUCAUAUGCCAUGGUUGCCGGAAUCAUUGGUGCCCUGCUCGACCCAAAGCCGUUAAAAAUCGAAGGCGCUACUAAGUUUACCAUGUUCUACUCGGAAGAGGAAAGAGAGAAGAUGGGUUUGACAAAGCCCGUUCCAGCUUCGCUUGAAGAGGCAGUAAAAGAGCUUGAGAAUGAUUUGGACUGGGCAUUCCACGUUUUAGGUCGGGAGUAUGUUGAAUGGUUCAUUGCGCUGAAGAAGGCAGAGAUUGUGGCGUUGUCAAAGAUGGAGACCAAGGAGAGAAGGAUUUUCCUACUGGAUACCUUUUGA